ACACACACACACACACACACACACACACAGAGCAGUUCCGCCUUCUCCCCGCCGACUUUUCCGCAUGUCACAUUUACAGCACACACUCGCCAGAUUACUGCGCAGCACCAUGCAGGAAGACUCGUGAUAUCACAAGGUGUCUUACGUAUAUCAAGGAAGCAUGAUGACAAAAAGGCAGCACACAUGAUACCACAAUGUCUCCAAAGGCUGAACAUGCCAGGACGUAAGGGCAAGGGGCUCUGCGGCAGAGCUGUGCUUUGAGCUCUUCCCUCACCUAUUCACUCCAUAGAUCUUCCACACCCCACACAUAAUCUCCAACAUCCCUCCAGCUGCACGACGGCAAGAGGUGGAAAUGGCCACUCAGAGGAAGCACUUAGUCAAAGAGUUCAACCACUUCAUUACCUGCUAUGUGUGUAAAGGCUACCUGAUCAAGCCUACCACCGUGACAGAGUGCCUGCAUACUUUUUGUAAAAGUUGCAUCGUCCAGCAUUUUGAAGACAGCAAUGAAUGUCCAAAAUGUGGCAUCCAAGUCCAUGAAACAAACCCACUGGAAAUGUUAAGGUUGGACAACACAUUAGAAGAAAUCAUUUUCAAGCUCGUGCCUGGACUCCGGGAAAAGGAACAACAAGAGGAGAUUGAGUUCUGGAAAAAGAAUAAAUCAAAAGAAAACGAUGAUGAUGACGGUCCCGAAUGUAAAAGGAUGAAGGUAGACGAGGAUAUUGAUGAUGGAGGGGAUGGAGACUACCACAGGAAUGACCCACAGAUAGCCAUCUGUCUGGACUGUCUGCGCAGCAACGGCCAGAUAGGAGAGAACAUAGUAAAGGGGUUAAUGAAGAAAUUUAUUCGCUGCUCAACUCGUGUGACCGUAGGAACAAUCAAGAAGUUCUUAAGUCUGAAGUUAAAGCUUCCAAGUUCUUAUGAGCUAGACGUCCUAUGCAACGGAGAGAUUAUGGGAAAAGAUCACACCAUGGAGUUCAUAUACAUGACGCGCUGGAGGCUUCGAGGUGAAAAUGCCUACCCAAUGGUACUGGAAUAUCGUCCUCGUAUUGACUUUGGCUAAACCGGUCCGGCCUCAUGCACUUUUCUCAGCUCAGCAAACAACACCACAGUGAAUAGACAUGCUGCACAGGAGUUGGACUUAAUCACAAUUUUUUGUAUUUGGUUAUCUGUUUCUUAAACUUCCUGGUUCAUCAGACUUCUCCUCACAGCUGGGACUGUAGCUUCCUGAGCAUGUGUUAAAUCCAACCCUGGCUUGGCUUGUGUGUGUCCUUCCAUUUCUUGGUCUACCAGAAGAACUGUUGACACGAUCAGUCAUGAAGUUAUGGACCCAAGGAAAUGCACAUGCCAUGAGAUAAUUGUUCAAUAAGUGUGUUCAAUUAUCAUUACAGCUUUGUUUUUUUUUUUUUAUCAGUAGUUAAAGUAGUGCCUUUUGUAAACAUGCUGUUUUUGCUGAUCUCAAAAGCCUUUUUUUAAUCAUAGCCAAAAAGGAAAAACACAAUGGCUUCGUAUCAGUUUCAAGUAUCUUUUGUUAUAAUUAAAAUAAGCUACUGUUUUUAAACUGAACCAUAAAGGACAGCAGGGUAUACGGUAACCCCGGACAUUUGUUCCGACGUCUUUGUACAUAGAAGGAAGCCUUACUAAGGGAGCAGUGAGCACUGAAAGCACUGAAAUCUUGCACUAGAGUUACUGAUGAAACGCUGCUUUGUUAAAAGUGAAUCCGGAUCCUGGAAAUCCACAUGUAUUAAAGGAGCUUGCAAAUGUAUAAAAUAAAUAGUUAUAUUAUUUUAAACCUAUAUGUAUACAAGUAAUACAUUUUAGUGAAUGAUAAAUUCAUGUGUAAAUUGAACUGAAUUUUUCUAUCAAUGAAAAAAAAUCCAGUUACGCAAAAGCACUUACUUAAUUACCAGAAGGGAAAUUAAAAUAAUUAGUGAGUUCCUGUUUUUUUUUUUUUAAUUUAUUUAAAUAUGCACAGAAAAUGAAAAAAUAUAGUUACGUGUGGAGCAAAUCCAUCUCUCCAUUCUUAUCCUUUCUAAAACUAGAAGUCAUUUAGGAACGGAAUAAAUUCUCCAAAUCAAUCAGUCAAUCAACCAAUCAGUUGUAGACCUUUUCAUUAAAGCCGAUACCCAGAUAGAUCACUUUUAUUUACUAUAGCAGUGAACUACUUUUGCAGUAACACAUCUGAAUGAGGUCUCACUCACUGGCUCCUUUGGAGAGCUCUGUAUUUACACACACUCUGUUUAUGGAGUGUCCCACAAUAUGAACAGCUUGGACACGGAAACAAUAAAUCAUUUGACUACAGGUGAGGGUGACUCUGAA